GAGAAGUUCAGCAAGUGGCUUCAGGUGGAGUUGGAAUUUGAACACUUGCAAAGCCUAAACUAUUGGCUCCAGGCCUCCACCCCAGGGGGCUCCCCGCCAGGAUGGCCUCAGCUGGAGACCCCCCCACCGGCUCACGUGAUGCAGCAGACCAGAACUUCGACUACAUGUUCAAGCUCCUGCUCAUUGGCAACAGCAGUGUGGGCAAGACAUCCUUCCUGUUCCGCUAUGCAGAUGACUCCUUCACACCCGCCUUUGUCAGCACCGUGGGCAUUGACUUCAAGGUCAAGACUGUCUACCGCCACGACAAGAGGAUCAAGCUGCAGAUCUGGGACACAGCAGGACAGGAACGCUAUCGUACAAUCACCACAGCCUACUACCGCGGAGCCAUGGGCUUCCUGCUCAUGUAUGAUGUUGCCAACCAGGAGUCCUUCACCGCUGUGCAGGACUGGGCCACCCAGAUCAAGACCUACUCCUGGGACAAUGCUCAGGUCAUCCUUGUGGGGAACAAAUGUGACCUGGAGGAUGAGCGUGUUGUGCUUGCUGAGGAUGGCCAGAGGCUUGCCGAUGACCUUGGUUUCGAGUUCUUUGAGGCCAGUGCCAAAGAGAAUAUCAAUGUGAAGCAGGUCUUCGAGCGCCUGGUGGAUGUCAUCUGUGAGAAGAUGAAUGAGUCCCUGGAACCCAGCUCCAGCCCUGGCAGCAAUGGGAAAGGCCCCACCUUGGGGGAUGCCCCACCUCCCCAGCCUAGCAGCUGCAGCUGCUAGAGAUGGCCCCAACCCCCACCCACCCCCUCCUGCCUUGGCAGGGAAUGUGACUGAGGCAUGAGCCACAAGGGCUGUUUCCAAGCUCAGGGCACCCCCUUCCCCCCUGUCAGCUGUCAGUUGCCACUCACUCCCCGCAUGGCUCUUUUUCUCACCGUAGCCGCCAGCCUGCCCCAGCAGCCCCUGUCUCAAGCUCCAGACCCUGGGGACUCUGCAUUAGAGGCAGAGUCUGGGGAAGUUGACAUGCAUGAGCUUGCUGCUUUUCAGGUGUUCUUGUGGGGGCACAUGGGCAGCCUGUGGGGCUUCCACAGUGCCUUCUGGGUGAGAGCCAGUCCACAUCCAUUCUGUGUUGGGCAUUGUCUGGAGUUCACGAGCCGGUGAAGAUGACUUGCCUUCUUCCUCAUGCCAUGUGGGUUCUCAGAGUUCAUCCUUGGAGAAGUGGAACGUGGCUCCUUGCUCAGGGUCCCCUGCUCUGAUCCCAAGCCUGCCCAUAAAUCUCUGAUCUCAAGGCUCCCAGGUAGGGAGGUGACUGACCCUGGCAGACCCCUCCCUUCUGGCUUGCAGAUCCUCUGUCUGUGAAAACAGUAUUAAAGCAGCUUUUCCUGUUGUGAAGGGAUAGGGAGUCAGAGCCCCCUGGCUUUGGGGACCCCAGAAGUGCCUUCUGAGUUUGCCUAGAAUUUCACAUCACCACGACCCUGCCACUGUGUUGCUGUUGGCUUUUCCAUGGUAUUCCUGAGCUGGGAUUGAAUUCUGGAAUUAUGCACUGUGUUAGGCCAGGCAGAGAAUUGCUUAGCUCCUGGCCUUACUGCUUGGGGUUUUUUGCCAGGACUUAACCUCAGAGCCUGGAACCUUGUACCUCCCACCCAAACCUGCCUCCUAGGGCCCAUUUGGCUAGUUGAUGUUUUAAGCAAGGUCUUUCCACAUCUUACAUCCUGCUAGAGAAGGAAAUUGAGCAAUGUUCCCAUAACCUGCCCUCGCUGGUGACUUUCUGAUGUAAGGACUUGGUCUCCUUUCACUUGAGGACUGGUGAAGACCCAGCGUCCAUUUCAUCAGCCAUGUCAUCAGUGUGGCACAGGAAUGGGACGGUUUUUGCUAAUGGAGGAGUCACUCUAAGGAAUGUUUUGGAUUUUGGCCGGAGGAGUGAGAGGGUAGGGUUGUGUAACUGCUACUGCCACUUGCACCUCGUGAUAUAGCCUGGGAGUGGCAGGCAGAUGGGGCUGGGCUGGGGUCAGUCUCCCUGGUUGAGGCUUGGGUUCCCAGCUGCCCGGGGCUCCUGCUGAGAGGUUAUGUGCAGUUUGGGAAUCUUCUAUCUUCAUACAGACCCCGCACAGCUCAGUGGCCCUUUCUGCCCUGGAACACUAACUGACGCCCCAUAACUUGACAGACACUGUGAGGACAGCCUAAACCGAUAAUCUGUGUUCCCAAUUCUACCCUCCCAGCCCUGCUGGCAAAAUGACCUCCUGUAGCCUUAAAGAUGUCAGCCGCCUCCUCUGGGGUAUCGGGAAAGCCUGGUUCAAGUUUAACAUAGCUCUUACCUUUAUGGAAGCUCUAGAUUGAAUCUGUUUCUAGCGGGCCCUAUUUACCCCAUACCAGGGUGUGCCCUUAGAGUUUCAAAGUGAGGAUAUCUUUGUACACCAACAAGUAAAAUGACUGGUGAAAUGGUCAAAUUCUUGGAAACACACAAAGUAUAAGAUCUGAAUGUUUGGGGUGGGAGUCAGAAAUGUUAGUAGCUUUAAUAUAGAAGUGAAAUUAAAUUAACCGAAUGUCUUAAGAUGCACCACGGGCUGUCAGGAUGCUGUUGGCCAAUCCAUUUUCCCUAAGCUGCUGCCAGAAAAAAUGGUGGUUCAGACAGCAGUUAUCUGAGGGACAAGCCUAUUGUCACCGCCUGAGUGAUAAAACCUGCUUUGGCUUUAUCUUGUACCCGAUUUGGCCCAACCUUUCUGUUUACACAAGAUUUUUCAACAGUUCAGUUUCAAGUAGCAACUGAGACAGCUGCCUCUGGGUUCUCUCGAGACUGGGAUUAAUGCAGGAGAAUAACGUAUUUUUGUUUCUUCUGAAAAUAAGGCAAGAUUUUAUUUUAUGAUGUUUGAGGGGAGGUUUAACUCAAGAUGCUCUCUGGGGAACAGAAACUGAUGUCCUCCAGGUCACUGGGGGAAGGAAGGUUUGUUGAGUUUACAAACAAAAUCAAACCAAAGGCUGUGGGAAAACCACGUUCCAGCUCCAGGGAGAUGGGCCCGGAGCUGUCGCCUGAGGCUGGGCCCUGUGUUGGUGCUGUCCCUUCCUACCAUUUGCUUUUAGCAAUUUGCCUUUCCACAGGCAGUUCAGUGGGAAAUUGCCAUGAUCACUGUGGUUUAGGGUUCUGCUUUCUUUUUCCUUUUUCUUGUUGCUUUUCUGGGGGUCAUAUUCUUGUGUCUUUCUCUCCUGCUCCACUUAGAAAAACAAGUAAAGGGUGAAAUUUGGCCUCAGUGUUGAAGCGCUAAUUCUGCUAACUGGCUUCUCCCCUACAAUCCCAAAACACUACGGAGCGAGCUCGCAGCCUGUUUGUUUCUGUCCUGGAUGUGGUUCCCCAGCAUAGGCGAUUCUUUGAUAUCCAUUGGAAAGACGUGCACUUUUCUCCACAAGAAAAAAAAAAAAUAAAGCCGUUGUGCCAGA